AUGAGACAAGAAGAGGAAAACUCGGAGGAAGAAUUCGUCGAGAUUGAUCCCACUGGUCGCUAUGGCCGAUAUAAUGAAGUUCUUGGCAAAGGAGCUUUCAAACAAGUAUACAGAGCAUUUGAUCAAUUGGAGGGGAUCGAAGUGGCAUGGAACCAAGUGAAGCUAGACGAUCAACUGUGUAGCUCUGAGGAUUUAGAGCGUCUUUACUCUGAGGUUCACUUGCUCAAAACCCUUAAACACAAAAGCAUCAUCAAAUUCUACACUUCUUGGAUCGAUCACCAACACAUGACCAUCAAUCUCAUCACUGAAGUCUUCACUUCCGGCAAUCUCAGACAGUACCGGAAGAAGCAUAAGAGUGUUGAUAUAAUAGCAAUAAAGAAAUGGUCAAGGCAGAUUUUAGAAGGGCUUGCUUAUCUUCAUAGUCAUGAUCCUCAUGUGAUCCAUAGAGAUCUUAAAUGUGACAACAUUUUCAUUAAUGGUAACCAAGGUGAGGUUAAAAUUGGAGAUCUAGGUCUUGCUGCGAUUCUACACCGAGCUCGCUCAGCUCAUAGCGUCAUUGGUACUCCUGAAUUUAUGGCACCGGAACUCUAUGAAGAAGACUAUGACGUACUUGUUGAUAUAUACGCAUUUGGAAUGUGUUUGCUUGAGCUUGUAACUUUGGAGUACCCAUAUGUUGAAUGCACUAACGCUGCUCAGAUUUAUAAGAAAGUUUCAUCGGGAAUAAAGCCAGCCUCACUUGCCAAUGUGACUGAUCCACAAGUGAGAACAUUCAUAGAGAAGUGUAUCGCAAAGGUCUCGGAUCGCUUGUCGGCCAAGGAACUACUUGAUGAUCCUUUUCUUAAAUGUUACAACGAAAAAAACGAAACUGUCACAUCCCACAAAGAAAAAGGUAUCAAUGGAAGAGAAAUCGAAGAGAAACUCACGGAUUCUGCUACAGGUUUAUUAACCGUAGAAGGCCAGCGCAAAGACCUAAACACAAUCUUUCUAAAACUACGUAUCACUGAUUCUAAAGGACAAAUCCGCAAUAUACACUUCCCAUUCAACAUAGAGACGGACACAUCUUUCUCAGUCGCAAUCGAAAUGGUCGAGGAAUUAGACCUAACCGAUGAUCAAGACGUUUCAACGAUCGCUAAAAUGAUCGACGUGGAGAUACAUUCACACAUUCCCGAUUGGAUCCCUUCUCGUCAUAACGGAGAUAAUUCAGCAACGAACAAAUGUUUGUCUUCUUCUGAAUCGCUGCGUUUAGAUAGAUUUCCUUCCGGGAGAAAAUUCUGGUCCUCUCCUAAAGCUGGAGCUGGAGAUUCACGUUCGCCGUUCGCGCCACGGUCUAACUCUAAGCUGUCUUCAUCACAAGGACCGGUCAGUGAAGAAGAAGUUGGGAUUGUGGUUGAGAAACUUGAGACUUUGUUGAGGAAACAGAGAGAGGAAAUUGAAGAGAUGCAGAGAGAUCAAGAAAGUAUUGUUUCUGAAUUUCUGAAAGAGUUUCCUACUGAGGUCUCUGAAGAGGCUUUGUUGAGAUUGCAACUCAAAGAUUACUGA